AUGGCGGCUUAUGCAGCUCUGGUUUCUGUUAUGCAGACCAUCCAUCAGAUCGAGCACCAUCCUUCCCCUCCGAUUUCUAUGGACAAAAAGCAAGUUGAAUCUCUCACUGAAAUUGUUAUGUUUUUGCAGGAAUUUCUUGAAGGUUACAAGUCUCCUUAUGCUGACAGCGAUGAAGCAGAUCCGUUGGAGAUGCGCAUCGCUGAUGCGGUUUAUGCGGCUGAAGAUGUCAUCGAAUCUCACAUUGUCGAUCAAAUCAUUCCUGCUAGAAAGAAUCCGAUUGGACUCCUCCUCAACUGCUUUCGAGGCCCAACGGAGUCCAAAAAAUAUGGCCCACAAAUCAUUGAUGCAGAAUUCUUUGAGAAUCUGCAGAAGGUGAUAGAAGAGAUGGAUUUGAUCAAGAAACAAGUGAUAGAGAUCGACGCAGUCAAAGAUCAGAUGCAGAAACAAGACUUUGCAGUCGCUUGGAACAAUUCUUCGGCACCUUCUCUCUCUAUGCUGAACAACACAACCAUGACGGGCUUUGAUGAUGUCAUGCUUCAACUCAUGGAUAAGCUCACUGAUGGACGACUCGGACGCCAUGUCAUCCCAAUCGUAGGAAUGGGGGGAAUUGGUAAGACCACUCUUGCUGUGAAUGUUUAUGCAAAGCCAUUCAUUACUCGUCAUUUUGAUAUAUGUGCUUGGGUUACCAUUUCUCAACAAUUUCAAACAAAAGAACUUCUCUGCGAAAUUCUGUCUCAAGCCACUAAACAAGGGAAGGCAGAGUUGAGUCAAAUGCGAGAAGAUGAAAUAGGACUAUCACUCCACAAAUAUUUAUCAUAUAGAAGGUAUCUAAUUGUGUUAGAUGAUAUGUGGAGUAUUGAGGCAUGGGAGAAGCUACAAUGCUAUUUUCCCGACAAUAGUAAUGGUAGUCGGAUAAUGGUGACAACUAGGCUAUCGAAGUUGGGAUCUCAAUUGGAUAACAGUUAUGGCAUUGAAAUGAAAUUUAUGGAUGAGGAAAGUAGUUGGAAUAUGUUAUGCAAAAUUGUGUUUGGAGGGGAAAGUUGUCCUUUGGAAUUGCAUGAAAUUGCAAAGAAGAUUGUGGAGGGUUGCAGAGGACUCCCAUUAUCAAUUGUUGUGAUGGGAGGUCUUUUGAGAAAAAAGAAAAGAACCAAAGAAUGUUGGAAAUCUAUUAGCAGAAGUAUAAGUUUGCUAGUGAAUUCGGAGAACGAUAAGCACUGUUUGAAGAUACUGAAGUUGAGCUAUAGCCAUUUGCCUGUUUAUCUUAAGCCAUGCUUUCUAUAUCUAGGAAUAUUUGAGGAGGAUAGUGAAAUUCGUGUCUCGACAGUCAUUAAGCUCUGGGUUUCUGAAGGAUUUCUAAAACCAAUAAGCAGCAAGAGUUUGGAAACAGUUGCAAAAGAGUACUUGGAUGAACUAGUUGAUAGAAAUCUAAUUCUAGUUCAUAGGUUUGGGAAAACUGGAAAAAUGAGAUACUUGAAAAUUCAUGAUUUGUUGAGAGACCUUUGUUUGAGAGAAGCUCAAAAAGAGGGGUUUUAUCAUGUGGUAGGGCAGCAUAGUCCUCAAGGCAGGCGUAGCCAGUACCGUGUAGUUAUUCUGAGAAGCACUUCAAAGAGAGAAGUCCUUGAUGCAAUAAGAUCAACACCACAUGCCCGUUCCUAUACAAGUGAUCAUGCAAGAGUUAGAUCGUUGCCCAAUCUAAGAUUGUUGAGGACAUUGAGAGCACGCAAUGGAGAUGUCUGUCCAAGAGGAAAAUUGCUUAAGCUGUUUAACUUGAGGCUUCUAUUUGUUUAUUCCAUAUGUAACUCCACCAAACUUCCUCCAAUCAAUCUCCUAUGGAGUCUACAGACAUUGACUAUAGGUUAUGAUCAAAACCCUAAUGCACCUGUUGACAUUUGGGACAUGCCUCAACUUAGGCACGUUCAUUUUUGGAGACCAAUACGUCUCAGAGAUCCUCCGAGUGAUAGCAUUAUCAUUAUGCACAAUCUACAAACCCUCAAAGGAGUUAUUGAUUUCAAUUUUGAUGAGACGAUGGCUCGUAGAAUUCCCAACAUUAGGAAAUUGGAACCAAUUUAUUUCAACGAGUCUCGUGAUGGUGACUUUUGUGUCCACAACAUCGAACAUCUACAAAAGCUGGAAUCUCUUAACUUGCAAUGCUCCCGUGUGGUUGAUUUUUCGCGAAAGGUUACCUUUCCAUACUCUCUUACGAGUCUAGCUCUGAGAUGCAUCAUAAAUGGUGGAAUAGGAUACAUGUUGGAAAAGGUAGGUACGUUACCCCUUCUUCAAAAGCUCACGUUGGAUGAUGUAAAAUUUCCGAAGCGCAAAUGGGAAACAGUUGAAGGCCAGUUCCUCAGUCUCAAAUAUUUGUCAAUGUUUAACUGUUACAAUUUGGUACUUUGGAUAAUAGAAAGCUCUCACUUCCCAUGUCUAGAACAUCUUGAUAUUGGGUCUAAGAAUUUGAAGGAGAUCCCCGCGGAAGUUGGUGAAAUUCCAACACUGAAAUAUGUGACCUUGAGUCAGGUUGCAUUGAAUCAGCGGUGA